AUGUCCUAUGAUCGGUAUGUGGCCAUCUGCCACCCCCUCCAGUAUUCUGUCAUCAUGAGCUGGAGACUGUGCACAGUCCUGGCUGCUACGUCCUGGGUGUUUAGCUGCCUCCUGCCUCUGGUCCACAUUACUCUCCUCCUGAGGCUGCCCUUUUGUGGGCUUCAGAAAAUCAACCACUUCUUCUGUCAAAUCCUGCCAGUGUUCAGAUUGGCCUGUGCUGACACUAGGCUCCAUGAACUUGUGGUCUUUGUGGGCUCUGUGAUUGUUUUAGUGGGGCCCCUGUGCUUGGUGCUGGUCUCCUGCACACGCAUCCUCUUUGCUGUCCUGAGGAUCCAGUCUGGGGAGGGCUGCAGGAAGGCCUUCUCCACCUGCUCCUUUCACCUCUGUGUGGUCGGGAUUUUCUUUGGCUGCGCCAUUGCCAUAUACUUGGUCCUCAAAUUCCCUCACCUUUAA